GUAAAGGGUUAGCGGCGGCGUGAGGUCUGAUUUUUUUUUUGUUAUCCGAGUGAUUCUAGGUUUUGGUCUGACAAACGGCAAACCGUAAGAGUGCACAUUUCCAAACCAGCCGCGGCCUAAGGUUAAGAAGAUGGAAGAUUAUAGUUUUAGGCCGUCCGUAGACAGUCUCGACGACCCUCCAAACAGCCGCUUGUUUUUAGUGACGAGCAAAUCCACUUCUGAAGAGGUGAUCCGUGAGCACUUUUCGGUUUUCGGAGAAAUUCAAGAUAUCUGGGUGGUGAAAGACAAGCAAACAAAAGAGUCAAAAGGGGUAUCCUUCGUUAAGUUCGCCAAAUCGUCGCAAGCAUGUCGGGCUAUGGAAGAAAUGCACGGGAAAUGUCUUGCAGAAGGAACCAAACCCAUUAAGGUGUUCAUUGCUCAGUCCAGGUCCUCAGGAAGCCAUCGGGAUGUAGAGGAUGAGGAGCUGACAAGAAUUUUUGUCAUGAUUCCCAAAACAUUUACAGAAGAUGAUCUCAAAGAAACAUUCAAGGAAUAUGGUGACAUAGAAUAUUGCGUUAUUAUAAAAAACAAAACAACUGGAGAGAGCAAAGGCUUGGCUUAUGUGAGAUAUCUCAAACCUUCCCAAGCAGCAACAGCUAUUGAAAACUGCGACAAAACCUUCAGAGCUAUUCUUGCUGAACCCAGGAACAAAAAUGUGACCACUGAAAAUGACUAUUUUAGCAAUGUCAGAACCGACCACGUGACCAGCGAUCCAGGAAUGAAUGCAUAUCAGUUUGCUGAGGCCGUAAAUUACGGAAUGGGAGAAAUGCGAAGCACGGAUAUUAUAACUCGGUGCUUGUUGGUGUCGUCAAGAGCAAGUAUAACGCAGGAGCAAGUUUACAGUCUCUUUGAUCUGAUUCCUGGGAUGGACUAUUGUGAGAUGCAGAGGGAUCCUUAUGGAUUUAACAAAGGUCAAGCUAUGGUCCGGUACAAUAACCUAGGCUCGGCUGUAUAUGCUAAGGAGAAGCUGAAUGGCUUUGAGUACCCUCCUGGAAACCGUCUGGCUGUUGUCUACGUAGAUGAUGGUGACGACAGGUCCAGCCCUGUGGGGAAGAUGGCCUUACAGUUGGUAACAGCCCAAAUGAUGUCUAUGGUGUGGAAUAGCCCUGCCGGCCAACAGUUAAUGAAAGCAAACACCAAUAAUGCGGAAGAGUUUUACCAGGGGUACGCAGCAGCCAGUGUUCCUCAGAUGCCCCGUGUCCAGACAGACGUAGCCUUGCCUCCCCACAAGAAGCUUGCCCCUUCCGACAGCAGAGUCAAAGAGCGGCUCUUUGUGGUCUUUAACCCUGCUCCCUUACCCGUGGACGUGCUGGAGGAUGUGUUCUGUCGAUUUGGAUCCCUUGUGGAGGUGUAUGUAGUGCCAGGCCGAAAUGUGGGCUAUAUCAAGUAUUCUGAAAGAAAGAACGCCAACGACGCGAUGGCGGCCCUGCACGGCAAAGUGGUGAAUGGCGUGAAGUUGAAGGUGAUGCUUGCGGACCCCCCCAAAGAAGAGUCUCACAAGCGUCAGCGGACAUACUAAUUCGCCAUCCGUGUGGAUUUGAGAUGAUUUAAAUGACAUGACCCUCAACAUGACUGGACAUAGAAACGAUGACUGGACGUCAUAGCUACAGACAGUGACUACCUUUUCGUGACAUUGCUACUAACUGUUUUUUUUCUUUUGUGUGUCUAGUUUUUAUCGCUUGUUGGAGCAAAGAAGUAAAUUAUCAUGAGACAUUAAUUUUGGGGUACGAAAAAGCAAUUGGUAUACAAUAAAAACUUUAGUUUGUGCUUUGGUUUCCAGUUUAGUAGUGAUGUCUGUACCUAGGUUUUUCUUCAAAGUUUUUGUUGAUUUUCUCUUUUUUUUUACAUUUCUGAAAAUACAAAUUCAUUUUUAAUAGAAAUUCCAAUUAUUAUUCAUCAAAUGUAGAUGCUCGUUUUUACCACAUUUGUUUUCGUUAAUAGUCUGUGGUAGAACUGUUUUAGCAGUUAUCAACAUUAUGAUAAUCUGGUUUUAUUUCAUUAAUAUUAGAAUUUGGGUCUGCACUAUUUCCAUUAGCAGGUUUAUCUUUGUACAUGUGCGACCAUGUUAUAAUGACUUACUGUUCCAGCUUCAAGGUUUCUUUGUUCAAGGGAUGUUCAACCUGUCCUUUUUAGACACUGCAACAGAAUUAUAAAAAGUUUUGCAUUAAGGUGUUUUUUGUGAUGGAGAAGUACUUUCUGAAAAAAGAUGCACGACACAUUGAGUCAUCCUUUCUGGUUUAUUUCUGUUAUUACAAAAUAAAAACUUCAACCAUGCUA